CACAGAAAAGGGAUGAUGUCAGCCUGGUCCUGCCUUGAGCUGUGGAAAACCUCUCACUCAACUCUGUUCCAAAUGACAUUGGCCACCGUUCUGAUGGCUCCUGUUCUUGGUGAUUGUGGCCCUCCUCCCAGCUUGCCGUUUGCUUCUCCAAUCAACCAGUUGUUUGAGACAACCUUCUCUUCCGGAACUGUUCUGAAAUAUACCUGCCAUCAUGGCUUCAAGAAAGUCAAUUCGAGCCAUCUUACUUGUGAUGAAAAUGGUUCGUGGGUCUAUAAUGUCUUUUGUGCCAAGAAACGAUGCAGAAACCCUGGCGAAUUGGUCAACGGGAAAGUAGAAAUUAUGACGGAUCUCUUUUUAGGUUCAACCAUAGAAUUCAGCUGCGCAAAGGGAUACCUUCUGAUUGGCUCAACAACUAGUCGGUGUGAGGUCCAAGGUAAAGGAGUUGACUGGAGUGAUUCUCUCCCAGAAUGUGUAAUUGUCACAUGUGAGUCCCCUCCAGACAUCAGCAAUGGGAGGCACAGUGGCAGAGAUGAAGAUCUUUACACAUACGGCUCCUCAGUCACCUACAGCUGUGACCCUAGCUUCACGCUCCUUGGCAAUGCCUCCAUUGUCUGCACUGUGGUGAACAAAACAGUAGGUGUUUGGAGUCCAAGCCCUCCUGCCUGUGAAAAAACCGUCUGUCACCAUCCAUAGAUUGCAAAGGGGGAGUUGAUCCCUGGAUUUACACAGUUCUAUUCUUACAAACACUCUGUUGAGGUCAGAUGCAUGAAGGGUUAUGUCCUCAGAGGCAGCAGCUUAAUCCGCUGUGAAGCUAAUAGAGAGUGGUACUCUUCUAUCCCCACUUGUGUGCCCAAUGGUUGUAUUGACUUGCCAGAUAUUCCCUAUGCUUUCUGGGAGGGCAAUAAGAUACCCUUAAGGAAUUUUGAAGUAUUUGAAAUUGGGACCAAGUUGAAAUACCAGUGCAAACCUGGCUAUCGACCAGCUUCCAAUGAGCCCCAGAUUGUGAGGUGCCAAGAGAAUCUGACAUGGUCGCCUUCCAAAGGCUGUGAAAGGAUUUGUUGCCCAGUACCAAAUAUGGAAAAAAUCAAAAUUGUAAGUGAAAGGAGAGAUUUCACUGGUGUAUGCAUCUAUGCCUAUGGAGACUAUGUUUUCUAUAUUUGUGGUGAAGGUACUUAUCCUAUGUCUACUGAUGGAAGGAGUUCAUGUCUAGCAGAUGGAAAGUGGGACCCUGCAAUACCAGCAUGUCGUUCUGACUCAGAAAUACAAAACCGUCUUGCUCUUAUUACCCCACCAAGCUUUGCAGAAACAAUGACGAAGAGCAAUAAAUAUCUAUCUGAUACUGAAGAGAGAACGAGGUUCACAUCCUAUAAAAGUUUGUGCUCCAAACCAGUGAUCAUACAUGGAAAACUGUCUGUGGAUAAAGAUCACUAUGCUGAAAUGGAAAAUAUCACCGUUCAAUGUGAUCCUGGAUAUGGCUUAGUUGGUUCCCCAAACAUCAUUUGUUCAGAAAAAAAAACAUGGUACCCUGAGAUACCCAACUGUAAGAUGGAACUCCCUGAAGAUUGCAAAUUUGUGGUUGAAGGCAGAAAACUCUUGCAGUGCCUCUCAAUCCCAGAGGAGGUGAAAAAGGCCAUGGAGAUAUACAAACUGUCUCUAGAGAUCGAACGAUUAGAACAGGAGAAAGAGAGGUGGCUACGAUUCCACAGGAAACCUUCUAAACGUGUUAAAAUGAAGGGGCCUUUUAGGCCUUUUGGUUAA